GCUCCGCCGUGCCCGUGCCCGUGCGAGCAACGCCGGGGAGCGAGCGAUCCAGUCGAGAUCCCCCAUCUCCCUAUCCCCUCCGCCUCAUGGAUCCGGCCGCCGAACCGCCGGCGCCGGCGGCCACCUCCGCCGCCGCCGCCGCCACCAUCCUCGACACCCUAGGCGAGGAGGUGCUCGCCGUGAUGUCCCCGGUCUCCAUCUGCAUGGCGCUCGUCGUCCUCCUCAUCUCGCUGCUGGCGCCGCCCUCCUCCUCGCCGUCCGCCCCGCCCCCCGUCACCGCCGCCACGCUCGUCUACCUCGAGUCCCCCUCCGACUCCGCGGGGCAGAAGCUCGUCGGCGCGCUCCUCGACGCCGCCGUCUUCGUCGUCCUCGUCGCGCUCGUCACCUUCGUCCUCGUCGCGCUCUACUACUACCGCUGCACCGGCUGCCUCAAGAACUACAUGCGCUUCUCCGCCUUCUUCGUCCUCUUCUCCAUGGGCGGGGGCAUCGCCGUCGCCGCCCUCCGCCGCCUCGACGCCCCGCUCGACGCGCCCACCGCGCUCCUGCUCCUCUUCAACGCCUCAGCCGUCGGCGUCCUCUCCGUCUUCGCGUCCGCGGUGCCCAUCCUCGUCCGCCAGGGCUACAUGGUCGCGCUCGCCGUCAUCGUCGCCGCGUGGCUCUCCAGGCUCCCUGAGUGGACCACCUGGAUCAUGCUCGUCGCGCUCGCCCUCUAUGACCUCGUCGCUGUGCUCGCGCCGCGGGGCCCGCUCAGGAUGCUUGUGGAGCUGGCCUCCUCCAGGGACGAUGAGCUCCCGGCGCUCAUCUACGAAUCGCGCCCAACUCUAGGCCCAGCUGAGGAGAUGCAGCCACCCGAUUCUGGCCGAUCCGCUGCAAACCAGUAUGCCAGGGUGGGUCAGCAGGAUGAUAUGGCUCCUGCCAUGGUGGAAAUGAGGGAUCUUGGUGGCCGAUCCGCUGCAAGCCAGAUGGCCAGCUCAAGUGGUUCCACAUUCCAAAUCGAAGGGGAUAUACCAACGCCGGCAACAACGCAGACAUCAAAUCAAGGUGGGAGACCACAGCAUGCUGUCAUUCAGAUUGAGCAGCGUGAGGAAGAAGAGACAGCUCCAUUGGUGUCAGCUGCAUCUGCCAACAGUUCAGUACCCAGUGAGGAGCAAAGACAAGUUUCAUCAUCGGAACCUCCCGACGAUGAGUUUGAGAUGUUCGAGUCAAGCAGGGGAAUCAAGCUGGGACUUGGCGAUUUCGUCUUCUACAGUGUGCUUGUGGGGAGGGCUGCGAUGUAUGAUCUGAUGACGGUGUAUGCGUGCUACCUUGCCAUCAUCGCGGGGCUUGGAUGCACCCUCAUCUUGCUGUCCAUAUGCAGGCAUGCAUUGCCUGCACUUCCCAUCUCUAUCAUGCUGGGAGUCGUGUUCUACUUCUUGACACGGUUGCUCAUGGAGCCAUUCGUGGUCGGCGCUUCGACCAAUUUGGUCAUGUUCUGAGUUCUGACUGAUGUUUAGCUGUCAUUGUUAGAUGCCUGGUGAGUGGGAACCAAAAUGAGAAAUCUGUUGUGGGUGUGACUACUACUUUGUUGGUCAUGUCUCAUAGACAGUCGUCAUAUAAUCAUGACUAGGAGAUGUUGUCACAAAAUUGAGACUUUAGACUCUAUAAGGUAGUAUCAGUUUAUGAGACAUUGAUCAACCCAUGCCUUGUCGUAUAGUUCUAUCAACAUGGUGUGGCAUUUGAGAAGCCA